CCCCACACACCUCACGCUUUAUUAUUUUAGUAAAUAUCACGAAUGACGACUGCGACCGCAUCCAUAACCAUCCGUGCACUCCUCCACCGGUGACGCCACGAGCCAGCAGGACGCAGCAAGAUCUUCGCAGACUCCCCAACAGAUCGAAGUCCAAUGCAACGAAACGUAAUUAUGAUCCCAUCCGAUCGUGCCAAUCCCUUGGUUCGUGAACGAUGGUCAGAAACAAGACAUGACCACCCCGCCGCCGCUACCUAUGAAUGCAGCCCCUCGCCUGUUUCGGCCUGUCAGGAUUGGGACGCGCAUGGCAGAAUUCGAAGAUCGGCGCUCAGGUAUGCCAUGCCCAGUGAUGGAUGAUCUCAAUAUUACCGUCUCGUGCAUACCAAAGCCCUAGGACCUGUUGGACCUGUCGAUGCGAUUUCCCCGUGUCUUCAAGAGAUUGCGCCUUGAUUAGGAGCGAGCGCCACUUUCUACAGCCAUCAACAUGUCGCAAUUGUCGUUGCCCGAAGUCCGACUCGUCGACGCCCUGUCACAAUUGAACCGCGAAAGGAUUCCGGAGCGGGUUGUGCAUGCCAAUGGCACUGGUGUCUUCGGAGAAUUCGAGGUCACACAUGAUGUCUCUGACAUCUGCAGCAUGGAUAUGAUGAGCGCGGUCGGGAAGAAAACCCCUUGCUUCGCGCGCUUUUCCACCACGGCGGGGGAACGCGGUUCGGCCGACGCUGUCCGCGAUGCCCGAGGGUUCGCCGUGAAGUUCUACACGGACGAGGGCGUGUUUGACUUCCUCGGGAACAACGUCCCAUUCUUCUUCAUCCGCGACCCGCAGAAGUUUCCGAGCCUGGUGCAUGCGCAGAAGAAGAAUCCGGCGUCCAACCUGAAGGACGCCACGCGCUUCUGGAAGUGGGUCGUCGAGAACCAAGAGUCUCUGCACAUGGUCCUGUGGCUAUUCAGCGACUACGGCGCCGUGACCUCGUGGCGGCACAUGAACUCCUACCUGGGCCACGCCUACAAGUGGGUCAUGCCGGACGGGUCCUGGAAGUACGUGCACAUGUAUCUCGAGGCGGACGCCGGGUACAAGCUGCACUCGGACGACGACAUUGCGCGCUUCGUCGGCGCCAAUACCGACUACCUGGCCAAGGACCUGCACGACGCCAUCGGCCGCGGUGAGUAUCCCAUAUACACGGCCAAGGUCCAGGUCGUGGAUCCACGGGACGUGCGCCGGUUCGGCUACAACAUCCUGGACAUGACGAAGCAUUGGAACAUCAACAACUAUCCCAGCGACAUGGGAUCGAUCCCGCCGCGGGCCUUUGGCAAACUCACAUUGAACCGCAGCCCCGAUAGCCACUUCGACCAAGUCGAGCAGGCUGCAUUCUCCCCGUCGCGGCUGGUACCUGGCAUCGAGCCAUCGGAGGAUCCACUUUUACAGGCGCGCUUGUUCGCUUACCCGGACGCGCAACGAUAUCGACUGGGAGCCCACAAUCAGCGCAUCCCCAUCAACGUCGGCCCGAACCUCUCGCCUGGUGGAGGAGCGCCGGGAGAUGCUCGUGCGGGUCAAUCGUCGGCCUCCACAUCGAAAGAACCUCGCAGUUUCACAUCUCGAUCCACCCCUGAGCACGAGCAAUGGCUGGCGGAGGUGCUCUCGAAGAGCUCCGAAGAACUGGCACCGCUCGACUUGCACUUCGCCCGGACCUUCUGGACACAUCUCGAGGGCGACGAGAACUAUCAGGGAUGGCAGGAGCGCUUGGUGAAGAGCUUGGCCGCGGACAUCGCGGGCAUCGACGCGGGCAUCAGGCAGCAAGUCCUCGCUGUCCUUGGUAAGAUCCACCAGGAGCUAGCGGCUAGAGUCAGUAACAGGACCGCAGAGCUGACGGGCGAGACGACUGUGCCUUCGAAGUCUGUCCCUGCUGCAACAAAGGAGGAAAGAUUACGAUCGCGGAUUUAGAUAGGACCGUAAUUCGGCUCUACCUUUGUUUAAGUUGCUGCAGAGCCGAGAUCCAAUUCUGAACACGAGUCAACUUCAUGCCUAGGUGGCAAUAUGCAGAAUCUGCAGUAGGCCGCGAGUUGACACAUCAUUCGUCCGAGCAUCGUCAUAUACAUUAGAUGAAAGUGCACCUGAGGGACACCGGUGAGAAAACCGUAGUCACCUCCUCCGACCG